UGAAGUCAAGAAUGAAGACUUGAGCGGAAACUUCAGAAACCAAGCUGGACCUAAGAGGCAGGAAAGAAGCCACAUCAUCCAGAAGAGGGGCAAACCCAUUCCUUGCCAAGGGGGGGAUUUCCAAGAAGGAAUUCACACGGUGAAGGAAACAUACAAGUGCUUGGUGGAUGGAAUGAGCUUCUCAGAUCAAUCCCAGUAUAAUAUCCAUGUACAAAUGCACAGUAGAAAGAAGACCCAUCGAUGGCUGGAGUGUGGAAAGACCAUGAUUCGCAGAGCAGACCUCCUUAGACAUCAAAGAACACAUUUAGGAGAGAAACCUUAUAGCUGCUUAGACUGUGGCAAGAGAUUCUCAGAUAAAUCAGACUUUCUCCUUGUGCACCAAAGAAUCCACAGAGGAGAGAAGCCUUUUAAAUGCUCAGAAUGUGAGAAGAGAUUCAGUCGAAGGGGUAGUCUACAUCAGCAUCAAAGAACCCACACAGGGGAGAAACCUUUUGAAUGCUCAGAGUGUGGGAAGAAAUUCAGGCAGAGUAGCACUCUUCAAACCCAUCUAAGAACCCACCACACAGGGGAGAAGCCUUUCAAAUGCUCAGAAUGUGGGAAGAGAUUCAGUCACAGUGACCACCUUCAAACCCAUCGAAGAACCCACACAGGGGAGAAGCCUUUUGAAUGCUCAGAUUGUGGGAAGAGAUUCAGUCACAGUAGCUCUCUUCAAAUACAUCUAAGUACCCACACAGGGAAUAAGCCUUUUGAAUGCUCAGAAUGUGGGAAGAGAUUCAGUUGCAGUGGCCACCUUCAAACCCAUCUUAGAACCCACACAGGGGAGAAGCCUUUUGAAUGCUCAGAGUGUGGGAAGAGAUUCAGUUGCAGUAGCCACCUUCAAACCCAUCGAAGAAUUCACACAGGGGAGAAGCCUUUUGAAUGCUCAGAGUGCGGGAAGAGAUUCAGAGACAGUAGCUCUUUUCAAAGACAUCUAAGAACCCACACAGGGGAGAAGCCUUUCAAAUGCUCAGAAUGUGGGAAGAGAUUCAAUCAGAGUGGCCACCAUCAAACCCAUCUUAGAACCCACACAGGGGAGAAGCCUUUCAAAUGCUCAGAAUGUGGGAAGAGAUUCAAUCAGAGUGGCCACUUUCAAACUCAUCUAAGAACCCACACAGGGGAGAAGCCUUUCGAAUGCUCAGUAUGUGGGAAGAGAUUCAUUCAGAGUAGGUCUUUUCAAACUCAUCUAAGAACCCACACAGGGGAGAAGCCUUUCAAAUGCUCAGAAUGUGGGAAGAGAUUCAAUCAGAGUGGCCACCAUCAAACCCAUCUUAGAACCCACACAGGGGAGAAGCCUUUCGAAUGCUCAGAGUGUGGGAAGAGAUUCAAUCAGAGUGGCCACCAUCAAACCCAUCUUAGAACCCACACAGGGGAGAAGCCUUUCGAAUGCUCAGAGUGUGGGAAGAGAUUCAAUCAGAGUGGCCACCAUCAAACCCAUCUUAGAACCCACACAGGGGAGAAGCCUUUCGAAUGCUCAGAGUGUGGGAAGAGAUUCAAUCAGAGUGGCCACCAUCAAACCCAUCUUAGAACCCACACAGGGGAGAAGCCUUUCGAAUGCUCAGAGUGUGGGAAGAGAUUCAAUCAGAGUGGCCACCAUCAAACCCAUCUUAGAACCCACACAGGGGAGAAGCCUUUCGAAUGCUCAGAGUGUGGGAAGAGAUUCAAUCAGAGUGGCCACCAUCAAACCCAUCUUAGAACCCACACAGGGGAGAAGCCUUUCGAAUGCUCAGAGUGUGGGAAGAGAUUCAAUCAGAGUGGCCACCAUCAAACCCAUCUUAGAACCCACACAGGGGAGAAGCCUUUCGAAUGCUCAGAGUGUGGGAAGAGAUUCAAUCAGAGUGGCCACCAUCAAACCCAUCUUAGAACCCACACAGGGGAGAAGCCUUUUGAAUGCUCACAGUGCGGAAAGAGAUUCAGCUGCAGUGGCUACCUUCAAACCCAUGUAAGAACCCACACAGGGGAGAAGCCUUUUGAAUGUUGA